UGAGUUCAGUUACACCAAGUAAUUGCAUAUAGAGAAGAGAAGUAGCCGUUGAAGCAAUAGAAAUAUCAUAAGAGAGAGAAGAAAGCUAGUUUUUUGCCCACCAAAUCCCAUGUCUUUCUUGGUUGGUAAACCCAACCGGCGAUUUACAUUACAACAAGUCUUUGCUAAAAGAAAGCAAAGCGGAUAACUUUUACUGUGAAUAUAUAAUCAUGCCAAGCUGGCGCGAGUUUUUUAGAGCAAGAAAAGAAUAUGAAUGAGGAGAAAGCAUUCGUUAUCUUUAUAUGGAUAGCCAAUUCUUAUUAAGAUAUUGUUUGUAUUCUUUACCCGGAAAAUGGGUUUACUAUUUUGAAAGAUCGGAACAUGGGAAUAGAUAUGGUACCAAAACGGACUACCUAUUUCAAUUUUUGUGCUUUCUUAAAUUGCAUACCUAUACAAGGGUUCAAGUUUCGAUCGAUAUUUGUGGAGUUGAUUAUCCCUCUCGAAAACGAAGAUUUGAAUUGGUCUAUAAUUUACUGAGUACUCGGUAUAACUCACGCAUUCUUAUACAAACCAGUGCAGACGAAGUAACACGAAUAUCUCCGGUAGUCAGUCUAUUUCCAUCAGUCGGCCGGUGGGAGCGAGAAGUUUGGGAUAUGUUUGGUGUUUCUUCCAUCAAUCAUCCGGAUCUACGCCGUAUAUCAACAGAUUAUGGUUUCGAGGGUCAUCCAUUACGAAAAGACCUUCCUCUGAGUGGAUAUCUAGAAGUACGCUAUGAUGAUCCAGAGAAACGUGUGGUUUUUGAACCCAUUGAGAUGACCCAAGAAUUUCGCUAUUUCGAUUUUGCUAGUCCUUGGGAACAGCAUAAGCGACGGAUAAUUCAGAAAGAAUCAUAAUAGGUCCAGCUCUAUAGGAUAGGGGACAAAUCAAUAGGAAAUGCUAUUUGCUUUGUAAGAAGAAGAAUAAACUGAUAUGAAAUGAAAGAGUUCGCGGGAAUUGUCUUGAUCGUCGGAUAUCAUUUUCAAAUAAUAGUGAGAAGUCUUAUCGAACGAUUUCCUGCAAUUCUUCCCAGUAUGUCAUGAGUAAAGAAUCCAGCUACAACUCUCGAUCUAUACAAAACGCACUGCACUGGGUUUUUGUGUUUCUUUCGGUUUCAUUGAUAGCAGAAGAGCCUGACUCUAUAG